UUGGAGGUCUGGACCAGUACGGCCGUCUGACUGACCCCAUGGGUGUACGGAUGGCCGAGUUCCCUCUCACCCCCAUGUUUGCAAAGAUGCUUCUUGAGUCUGGAAACUUUGGCUGCUCCAAAGAGAUCGUUACCAUAGCAGCAAUGAUGCAGAUCCAGAAUAUAUUUGUUGUGCCACCCAAUCAGAAGAAAGUUGCUGCUCGCGAGCACAGGAAGUUUGCAGUUGCAGAGGGAGACCACCUCACCAUGCUGAACGUGUACGAAGCAUUUAUUAAGCACCAGAAGAGCUCCCAGUGGUGUCAGGAACAUUUUCUUAACUACAAGGGUCUGCUGCGUGCCAUGACGGUGCGAGAGCAGCUUAGACGGCUCAUGAACAAGUUCAAAGUGCCCCGGACUUCCAGCGAGGGUGACCCAGAUGUGAUCCUGAGGUGCAUUGUCUCUGGAUUUUUUGCUAACGCUGCCCGUAUCCACCAUUCUGGUUCCUACCGGACGUUACGAGACGAUCUUGAGCUCCACAUCCACCCAAACUCUGUGCUUUACGGAGAGAAACCUCCAAAGUGGGUUGUCUUCAACGAGGUGGUGCAAACAUCAAAAUACUACAUGCGCGAUGUGACCGCUGUUGAGUCAUCCUGGCUUGUUGAGUUAGCUCCACACUUUUACAAGCAAGCAAAGCAUGGUUCACUGGCCAGCAAGAGAUCCAGAGUUCUCUGAAGCCUGCUCUUGUAAGACAAGAAGACAAAGACACCACGUAUAUUUUCUGUAUAUAUGCAUAUAUAAUAUAUAUGGAUUGAUUGUCCACAUGCACAACUCUCUUUUAGUGUGUGGCCAUACAACAACAGGACAAAGAGUAGAUUUUUAGUGUUGACGUCAACACUUUUAGCUUCUAGGCUGUAUGAUACAGUGAUAAAUGUAGACGAGGCCAGGUUGGGCCUGACUGGAGCCCGAUCAAGCAUGGCCGCCUCAUAGUUUAUCCAUCGAUAUCUAUAAAAUGUAGUCUGAGCAGGCUCAGAUCCAGCGAGCAUCUCAUGUGUCACAAGCUCUUCCACACCUGGCUUCAAUAUAUAUUUUUUAAAGUUUAGUUUUUUGUGUAGCAGAUAAAUAACGAAUGCUAAGAUGGUGAGGAUGUUUCUCAUUGAGAGUUUGUCUUACUCUGUUAUUAUGGGUGCCUUUUAUAGUUCAUUUUAUUGAAUUAAACUCAUGAUUUUUUCCUAAAUUAGUUUUAUAUUAAUACAGAAUAUAGUUCCAUGUUUACUUGAGUUUUUGUGGAUGUAAAUACAUAAAAUUGGUUUUUGUCAUUCCACCUCUGAUCCUACAACUGUGAAGAAAUAGAAUUAUUAUUAUUAUUAUUAUUUUGCAUUAACCACCAGAUAUUUCAGAUAUAGUGGCCUUGUCACCACUUUGUGCCAAAUUUUACAGUUUAUUUUUCCAACGGCCUGUUCACAUUGUAUCGUUAAUUUAAAACAUCCAAAUAUUGUAAAUGAGACGCUGUGAAACUAGAACUAGGAAUAACGUGCCGUAUGUUGCUGUGAUUAAAAAAAAGCAUCUAGUUGUGCACCCAGGGCCUCAAAGAAACCGUGUUUUUCAGAUUAUUAUUUUUUAAGUAAUCACAACUUUUCAUAUUAAACUUUUUGAUUCUUUUAUUCCCAUCAGCAAAAUUGUUCGUCAUUUUUUCCACACAUCUGCCUGCCUAUUUUCUCUGUCAGAACUUCAGGAGAGAACUGUAAGCUCAGUGAAAUGGCAAACACCAAAAACCUGUACUCAGACCUUUUAUAUGUAUAAAGAUAGUACAUCUGCAUGUAACUUUACUAGUCGUAGAUGUAUUGCAAAGGAAAACUUAUUCACCUGUGCGGUUACUGAGUAUGUUUGCACAUAAAUCAGUGAUUUGUAGGCUUGUGCAGUGGCUUCUCAUCUGUCACCUAUUAUUUACCCCUGAUAAAUAAAGCCUUAUUGUCAUACACUA